AAAGAGGUCUUUUGGAGGAAAAAACAUGGCAAUUUUUCCUUUCUUUUGUUGAAUAGAGAAUAUUUUUUUUACUUCAAGCCUUGGACUGAAAAACCAGAUAAAAUAAGAAUGAUAUGAUUCAACCUCAAACCCAUUUGAAUGUAGCCGAUAACAGCGGAGCCCGCCAAUUGAUGUGUAUUCGAAUCAUAGGAGCAGGUAAUCGACGAUAUGCUUCUAUUGGUGACAUUGUUGUUGCUGUAAUCAAGGAAGCGGUACCAAAUAUGUCUUUAGAAAGAUCAGAAGUGAUUAGAGCUGUAAUUGUACGUACUUGUAAAGAACUUAAACGUAGCAAUGGCAUGAUAAUACAGUAUGAUGAUAAUGCCGCGGUUGUCAUUGAUCAAGAGGGAAAUCCAAAAGGAACUCGAAUUUUUGGCGCAAUCGCCCGGGAAUUGAGACAGUUAAAUUUCACUAAAAUAGUUUCAUUAGCACCUGAGGUAUUAUAAGAAAAAACAUUUUAUUAUUUAAUGAAAAUGAAAUAGAUAAAUUAAUAAAUUAUGUCUU